AUGAUGGCUUGGCCAGAAGAGCCACAGUCUCGUAAUGGAAACGGUGAGCUCACGGAGCUUCAUGAAUCGGCCUACUUCUUUUCUUCGAACGACGGUGACGAGCGCGCGCAACACGGCGCCACAAACUGUUUGGGUGCCAGCCAGGGCACAGGCCAAACGGGACUCACGUACUCGGCGUCUUGUCCAUCGCUCUCAGGUCUAGAAACCGUCGACGACCUUAUUGGCAAAACGGCGGGCACUAACGAUCUGAUGUCCGACCGUUUCAGGUCGCAAGAGCCUUCCGUGGAUAUUGUGGACCUCGGGGAGGAUUUAUCGUUUGAGGGGUACAGAACAUUAGAUAUACUGCUGAAAUUCCAACAGGAUUAUCAGAACACGUUGCACCGUCAAUUUCCACAUCAGCAGGUGAUGGGCCAAUCGAUGGACUUUAUGCAGCAGCAGAUGACAGAAGGACGUCGCGGUUUCCACGGCUCGCAGUCGCUCACCAAUUUGUCGCGUAUGGAGUCCGACUACAACGGCAUGAAUUCGAACAGCAAAAGGAAGAAAGGAUCCGAGCGAUGGAUGAAGCUGCAGCGCCACAAGUCGUUUGACUCCGCAACGCCUAUAUCAGAAUCGUUUGAUUUGGAUCCAAAUGCAAGUUUUAACAUCUCAAUGAGUUCGUCGAAUCCUACUCCGGAUCAGCUUCUGCAAGGACAACUAGACAAUGACAUGGUUGGAAGCUGUUUGAAUGAUUUGCCGUCAUCAAUGCAAUCGAAUGAUCUAAAUUGGCCCCUAGUUGCUUGUGGAUCCGCACCUAGUUCCAUCGGCGAAAAUUACAUUCAACAAGUGCACCACAAGCGACAGCCACCGCAAGUUGGUAUGCAAUCAACCAGUGAUGCCAUCGGUGAUAAUUUGGGAUAUUCUUCGACAGAAGUCACACCAAUGUCAGAGUUGGACAUGCUGCUUUCAGAUAACGAUCGUGCGAAUCUUUUUGAUGCUAUUCGUGAUUUCGAGCUGCCAGGUGGGCUGGAGCUUGUUGCUACUCAGCAUUUACUCGACCAAUCACAACAAACUACACAACUGCCGUUGCCAAAUGACGAAAUGGAACAAAUUAAUACGUCGAUAGCUAAAAGUAACGAAUCGACGUUCAGCCCCGCGAAUCACCCCAAAGUCAACAAAAAAAUAGCUUAUAAAGACUUGAGACCGUUCUCAUUGGAUUCUUCGACGACACCUUCAACAGGCAUGCCUCCUUCUGGUUCUAUCUCGAUGCGCACGCGACUUCACCAAAUUUUGGUGCUCUCCGUGCAAAACUCGGAUGCGGGGUCUUCGUUGUCGGCUUUGGAGCGAAACUAUUUAAUGCAGUCGCCGUUAUUUUUUCCAGCGAGGGCGCCUGAGACAGCAGGAUCCCUAUGGUUACUGCUGCACGCAGCCCAGUGUGAAAGUGGGUGUGACAUUGCAGGCUGCUGCGUAAUGCGCCGAGUUUUGACCCAUUGCUUAGGGUGCGAGCUGGUCCUUGGAAACUGCAAACAGCCUUGUAACGACGCAAAGGCUAUGCUUCUCCAUUACGGUUCGUGCAACAGCAAGGGCAGCAUGCAUGGACGUUCGUGCUCUGUGUGUUGGAACCUAUUGGAGAUCGACUAUUUUCACCAAGCGCUCAGCAACGACAAUAAUAAUGGGCGUUCCAAUGAUCAAGCUCUAAACAGCGCUCCAUCGCCGUUUUUUAUGAAAACAUCGUCUUCCGUGCAUACGGGCACUUCAUCGCAUGUAGCAAUGCCCAUAAUUUCUGGACCAGAGGGGUCGCGCGCGUAUUGCCCGCCAUCUAGACGUUCAACAAGUGCUCCUGUCUCUUCCAAACAUGUGCCUAUCCAGCCGAAUCCUCUUCCGACGGCGUCCAAUCCAGUGGGACUUAUCGGCACGUUGCCUCCUCGUUUCGGGUACUCUCUUGCUUUGUAUCUGGAGCAAACGUCUGCUACGUUCCGUGCAGAGGUUAAGUCCCGUGUCGAAAAGCGAGUAACUACUGCAGCCGGCCAAGAUUUGUUGCAGCAUAUGCAGAAGAAGACACGAUUGCGAAGCUUGGAUCACCUCCGCUCAGAUGCUCGAACCAUCGUUUUGGGAGAGAUGGAGCAGGAACUAUACCUUCACAUGCAAGCGUACAACUGGACAAAUUCAAGGUCCGGUGGAAGUGAAGCCGAAAGAGCAUUGCAACUCCCUCCAUACCUGACAAACUUUUUUGAGGCUGGAAUAAAUGUUUAUCAAGCACAGUAG